CUACUAUGACGUGAACGCACCACAAAAACAAAAUGGCGUGCUCGUUCCGCCGAGCGUCCUCUCAGCACCAGUUCGCCAACGGCGGCUCCGGAGGCAAGAAGCCGGAGUUCAGGUCCAGGCAAUCCUCGAUACACCAUCCUGGGAAUGAUGAGGUGGAGGAGAGAAACACGCUGACGCUGAAGCAUCUCAGUGAGGCGCUGCAAUUGCUCACAGCGCCGUCGAACGAGUCCCUCCACGCAGCUGUGACGUCAUUAACGAAGAAUCAAGCGGAGCACUAUGACAGAUAUAACUGCCUAAGAAGAUUACCAGACGACGUCAGAACAUGCAGAAAUUACGCGUAUUUACAAGAAAUAUAUGAUGCGGUACGGGCGACCGAUAGUGUAAGCACGGAAGACUUCAUGGCGAAACUAGGGGAAUAUCUAAUACUAACAGCGUUUUCCCAUAACUGUCGAAUAGAGCGCGCGUAUAAAUGUCUAGGCACCAACCUCAUCGAAUUUCUGCACACGCUCGACAGUGUACACGACGUUCUGCAUGACCAGGACGACACGCAAAACGACGACUCUCAAGACUACGAGGCCGCUUUCGUCUGCACGACAUCGAAAGAAGACAAGAUCGAGUUACAUCUGACGACGGAAAGCGAGCCGGUGGCGUACCUCCUCGUGGGAAGUCUGAGAACAAUUGCCAGGAGGCUAUAUGAUACACAGACCGACAUAAGACUGACCAGUUAUACUAAUGAUCCUAGAAGAUUUAGAUAUGAAAUUAACGCGGUCCCCGUGCGCCAGAAGUCAAAAGAGGACAGCUGCGAAUCGUUGAACGAGGCUAGAGCCGUGGCUAGUUCAAGCAAAGUGACAGAUCUAAGGAUCGGCGUGGCAAGUUUCUGCAAGGCAUUUCCGUGGCAUUUCGUGACUGACAGACGCCUGGAGCUUGUGCAGCUUGGCUCAGGAUUCAUGCGUCUGUUCGGCACGGAGCUCGCGUCGCGCGGCUCCAGUCUCAACACAUACUUCAGACUGUUGCGGCCCCGUGGAGUCACUCUAGACUUCCGCGAGAUUCUGAAGCGUGUGAACACACCUUUCAUGUUCGCGAUCAACAUUCCAGGCGCGGUGACUGCUGCUGAGGGCUUGGAAAUCAAGGGUCAGAUGGUGUUCUGCCCAGAAUCAGACUCGCUUCUGUUCGUCGGCUCCCCCUUCCUAGAUGGUCUGGAAGGCCUGACUGGACGCGGUCUCUUCAUCUCUGACAUUCCACUCCAUGAUGCCACGAGAGACGUGAUCCUGGUCGGAGAACAGGCUAGAGCUCAGGAUGGUCUUCGAAGAAGAAUGGACAAGUUAAAGAACAGAAUAGAAGAAGCAAGUAAAGCUGUAGACAAGGAAAGAGAGAAGAACGUCAGUCUUCUGCAUUUGAUAUUUCCACCUCACAUCGCAAAGAGACUGUGGUUAGGUGAAAAGAUCGAAGCCAAGAGCCACGAUGACGUAACAAUGCUGUUCAGCGACAUCGUCGGCUUCACCUCAAUCUGCGCCACGGCCACGCCGAUGAUGGUCAUCGAUAUGCUGGAAGAUCUGUAUACCGUGUUUGACGUUUUCUGUGAGGAGCUGGACGUUUACAAGGUGGAGACGAUAGGCGACGCGUACUGCGUGGCAAGCGGACUGCACAAGAAGAUCGACACGCAUGCGCCGCAGAUCGCGUGGAUGGCCAUGCGCAUGGUGGAGACGUGCGCGCAGCACUUCACUCACGAAGGGCAUCCUAUUAAGAUGCGCAUAGGACUCCACACCGGGACUGUGUUAGCAGGAGUGGUGGGACGCACUAUGCUCAAAUACUGCCUCUUCGGACACAACGUCACUCUGGCCAAUAAAUUCGAGUCCGGCUCCGAACCUUUGAAGAUUAACGUCAGUCCGACCACUUACGAGUGGCUGAUAAAAUUUCCGGGUUUCGAGAUGGAGCCCCGGGACCGCUCGUGUCUCCCCAAUUCCUUCCCCAAGGACAUACCGGGAACGUGUUAUUUUCUACACAAGUAUAACCACCCUGGAACAGACCCGUCCGCGCCGCAGGUCAAACAUAUAGAAGAUGCGUUGAAAGAUUUCGGGAUUGGGCAAGUGAAGACAGAUGUCACUGAAGAGCCUACUUAGUUGAGGUAAUGUGAAACAACACAAGCAUAGGAUUUAGGUGUCAAUGUAUUUUGCUGCAGCUUCACGUUGAUUCUUAUGAAAAAACAUGUGGAUUCAGUAUAUAAUGUUAGCCGGAUAAAUUAGUAUUCAACUAUGUUAUUUAUGACUUAACGAUCUAGAUAUAUAGAGAACAUGAAGAACUAUUAAAAUCCAGCGUAUAUUUUUAAUUUAAAACAUCGCAAACAGGUAUGGAGGAAAAACAAAUCAAACACUAGGUUUUUUAUUUAGUAUAUUUGGAGUUUCGUUACCUGUAAUAAAAAUAAAAUUGUUUAAUAAAAAGGAAGAAGCGCUAAAUUGUUACUGACAUUGGCUAAAUGAUUUCAAGCUAAAUUUAUGCAAUAGGUAUCCAAAGAAUAUUUAAUUUCAGUAUUCAGGGAACCUACAUCAAAAGAAAUUUGCAUGAAAAGGCGCGUUACAUCACAGAUUAAAUAAUAUUGUAGCUCAUACGCGACGAUUAACCAGAAAGGAACCAGUUUUUUACUAGUCGAUUUCUUUAAACAAAAAUAUUUUGCAAAAAAAUAACAUUAGGAAAAUUAACCCCCCAGAGUUACAGCUACUUAAUUAUAAGCCAUGUUCUUUUUUUAUCUUAAAAGCGUAGGUAUCUUCUGCAGAAUUAUAUGAUCUGUAGUAAAGUGCCGUCUGUACUAAGUAGGCAAGAUUUCUCGAAUAUUCUCUACAGUGUAAAUAUAUACUGUAACUGUGUAAAUGUUUAAAUUUGUGGAUCAAACGUUUCAUGUUGUGAUUCCCCGAAGUUUGAUAUUACUUUCCUUUGGUCCGUUUGUUGAAAUUUCUGCUUGUUACAUUGCCAGUCGAUAUUUUUGCCCUAGCCUUGGCAAGUCUGUGUAUUAGAUAUUUUAAGAGCGUUAUAAUAUUUUAAACUUUCGCGUUUUGA